AUGGAGGAUAUCGACACAAAAUGCGCCGCCUUGCGGGCGCAAAUUGCUGCCACAGAAUCCCAGCUUUCAGCUCUCAAGCAGGAACUUGAAGCGGCCGAGAAGCUGCGCGGGGCAACAAUGCCAGCACCAUGCAACAACUCUGAGCGCAAAUGGCCUCUCUCGCCAGAAGAGUACCAGCGAUAUGGGCGCCAGAUGAUUGUGUCGCAGAUUGGGCUACCUGGUCAACUCAAACUUCGAUCCGCAUCGGUCCUAUUAGUCGGCGCAGGUGGACUGGGCUGUCCCGCCGCAUUAUAUCUCGCGGGAGCUGGAGUUGGUACACUUGGUAUGGUCGAUGGUGACACGGUCGAAUCCUCGAAUCUUCAUCGCCAAGUCCUACACCGUACGAAGAACGUCGGAAAAUACAAAGUGGACAGUGCGAUUCAAUAUCUCGAAGAAUUGAACCCUCACGUCAAAUAUCAUGCGUAUCGUGAGCAUUUAACCUCGCAGAAUGCACCUCUCAUCUUCCAAAAUUACGACAUUAUUCUUGAUUGCACGGACAAUCCUGCGACGCGAUAUUUGAUAUCAGACACUGCGGUCCUUCUCGGCAAACCACUUGUCUCAGCAUCAGCGUUGAGAACUGACGGGCAGCUCAUGGUCUUGAACAACCCACCGAAACCAGUUGGUGAUUUAUCGGGAGGCCCUUGUUACAGAUGCGUCUUUCCUAAGCCACCGCCUGCAGAUACUGUCGUCAGCUGUGCGGAUGGAGGUAUACUCGGUCCGGUAGUUGGUACCAUGGGUGUUUUACAAGCGCUAGAAGCGAUCAAAGUCCUCACGAAACCCGCCAGCCAAAACGCUGAUGACCGACCUGCGCUUCAUAUAUUCUCCGCUUACAGCAACCCUCCGUUCCGCACGAUUCGCCUUAGAGGUCGACGUGCUAAUUGUGCUGUCUGCUCAUCGGAACCGACUAUCACAUUGGCGACUCUACAUUCGGGAUCAACGGACUAUACUCAAUUCUGUGGGUCAGCAAAUUUUCCACAGGUACUUUCUAAAGACGAACGCAUAUCUGUGCGCGAAUUUGAGCCCAUCUACGAUUCCAAGAAAUAUACACUGGUCGAUGUCCGGGAUCCAGUUCAAUUCGGCAUAUGCAGUCUCGAAAAUAGCAUCAAUAUUCCCAUCUCACAAAUCUUACAGGGCAAAGUCCUCGACAAUAAGCAAGAGACUUUGCAGUCACUAUUCCCACCAGAAGUGGCAUCUACCGACUCUACGGAUCCGAUAUACUUUGUCUGCCGUAUGGGCAACGAUUCGCAGUUGGCUGUUCAAAAGCUGAAAGAGUUAGGCUUGGAUCAAAAUGGGAAACGAUUCGUUGGCGAUAUCCGCGGUGGACUCAAAGCAUGGAAAGCGGAAGUUGACCCAGAGUGGCCAGAGUAUUAA